AUGGCGCCAUCUUUGGAAGCGCCCGACGACGAGGUCAGGGAUGUUCUAGCCAACCCUCUCAAAAAGAAGCCAGACCUUGUCGCGCCAGAACCAGAACACUGCCCGGGACCCGAGUCCGAGCAAGCGGGCACUGCAGACUCGUGCGCCGGCUGCCCCAACCAGCAAAUAUGCGCCUCCGCUCCGAAAGGUCCCGAUCCAGACCUCCCCCUGAUCACAGCCCGUCUGGCAGAUGUGAAACACAAGAUAUUGGUGUUGAGCGGCAAGGGAGGAGUAGGGAAAUCGACGCUCACGGUACAACUCGCGCAUGCGUUCGCGACAAACCCCGAUACAACAGUGGGCGUGAUGGAUACGGACAUUUGCGGGCCAAGUAUACCAAAGAUGUUGGGGGUGGAAACGGAGACGAUCCACACCAGCAAUGCCGGUUGGGAGCCAGUAUGGGCGAUGGACAACUUGGCCGUCAUGUCUAUUCAGUUCCUGCUGCCAAACCGGGAUGAUGCGAUUAUCUGGCGAGGGCCGAAAAAGAACGGCCUGAUCAAGCAAUUCUUAAAAGAUGUCCAGUGGGGAGAGUUGGACUUUCUCUUGGUCGAUACCCCUCCGGGGACAAGUGACGAGCAUCUCAGUGUCAACACAUUCUUAAAGGAAAGCAAGAUCGAAGGAGCGGUAGUGGUGACCACGCCGCAGGAGGUGGCCUUGUUGGAUGUGAGAAAGGAGAUUGAUUUUUGCAGAAAGGCCGGGAUCAGGGUAUUAGGAAUUGUGGAAAAUAUGAGCUUGUUUGUGUGCCCAGGCUGCAAGCAUGAGAGCAAAAUCUUUCUCGACCACACCGGAGGAGGCCGAGGACUGGCAGAAGAGUUGGGCAUUCCAUUCUUGGGGAGCGUGCCCCUAGACCCAAGGAUAGGAAUCGCCUGCGACUAUGGGGAGAGCUUCUUCGACUCGUUCCCCGACAGCUCGGCCUGCAAGGCGCUGAAGGGGGUGGUCAAGGGGCUGGUAGAACAAAUUGGGCUAGAUCCUGAGGUACUGUUGCCGGAAGGGGAUGGCAGUAGCUAA